AUUCGAUUCGGACGACCCCGAAAGCGCUGGCUGGUCGGAUCAACCCGGCUAGCUUACCCGCCAAAUCUCGCUGGUCAACCCUGCAGAGAGGACGGGAUAAUUCAGCGGUGCAGGCCGCAGAUGUUUAGAUCCGCGUAUUUGGAUCAAGUUUUGCUUUUAUGAUGCCAUUCUGUGUGGCUUUGUCCCUCAUUCCUUCUCGUCUGAUGUGCUGGUCAUGGAUGGAAAUUCCGCGGGUGUUCCAUCAUCACGUGAACUGGUGUUGUAGCGUGUUUCUUCACGCGUGAAGUGCUGGAAGCUAACCACAUGUGAAUAUCCACCCAAUUUCACGCUCAAUUUCAGUUAAAAAAUUCACAAAAUAUGUCGCAUUGACUGUGUGAAUACAGCAGCAGUCUGUGCCUCUCAAAUCCCAGCUGUGUUGGGCGGAGUGCGGGCUUCUGCGCUCUCUCCACCGUGUGCGGGAGGACGUGUCUGGUGCAAAAGCUUGUGACGUAAUCAAGGCGUGCUGAUGGUUGCUCGGCCAAACCGACCGGCCCCUUUCCCCCUUUGGGACUAGCUUUGUUUACUGCUCCUGGCUGCCUCUUCAGCGGCUCCAAGCAAGGAAAUCAGCAGUAACAACAAGCCCUUUCGCACGUCCACACACGCAACCUGGACCUCUCUUCUCCUCGCGUCCUUUGGCUUGUCUUCGCUGACCGGUAAAGGGCUGCUGAGCUUGCUAUUUCAAGGGGGGGCCCGCGCAAUUGGGGGUCCUGAUGAGAUUGCAGUAAAGUUUCGAGGCUUUCUACGGAAUACUGCAAAGACGAAAUCCAGCAGUGAAUGAGGGUUCUUUUUUAACGGGACUCAACCUUACACUAUAUCUCGAUUCGAGGAUUGAAUCUGCGAUCUCUAUCGUAUUGAAUAAUGGAUGCUAAGCCACAGCGUCCGAAGGCCUUGCGCGUUCGGGGCGACGAGAAUGCGCCGAUCGCCAACCUCAACGGCAAAACUCUUCACCAACGCAACAAGUCCACCCCGGCAUUGUCGACACUUGCCGGGGCUGAUGGAGCCAAGGAACCCCUGAAGCGAGCUGCAUUGGGCAACGUUAGCAAUACCGCGAAUAUUCUACGGUUGGCGAAAGACGAUAGCUUCACUGCCAGCGCGAAGGAAAAGCUGAGACCAACGGAGAAGCUUGCUUCCAUCGCCCGACCCAACCAACGCGCCUCUCAAGCCUCCACGACAAAAAUAUUGAACAAAAGCACUACUGCCGAUGCAGGAACCGCGACUAUAAAGACUACUGCUCUGGAUAAAUUGCCGGUAAACGCCCGGAAGCCGCCUGCAAGACGCAAUACCGUUGUUCAGGAAUCUGUUCUGCCCGCUUUGCUCGAGCCAGCUCCCUCUUCAACACAAGCCAAGCAUACCACUUCUGAAGAAGCCCUAAGCUCCAAUGCACACUGCACCUCACAUGAUUACAAUGACGCCUCUAGCAUUCACGCUAAGGAGCCUAAGGAGAACUCUUCUGUGCUCAAUGGGACUGACGGUCUUCAAAAGCUUGGAGGAAUUUACAUCGAAGACAAUGGAGAGAUCAAGGUUUACAAGCCACACAAUCCUGCGAUUCGGAUCUCUGGGUUGUCAACUGAAGUGAAGUCAGGCCCAGGUCCUGCGCCGGACAUUCAAACAAGCCAGGAAAGGCCCAUCGCUGGCCUUGUUGCAAAAAUUUCAGAAGAGGAAGCAAUGGUGCCUUAUGCUCAUCAUUCCACAGAAUUUGAUCCAGAAGAAACAUGGGAUGAGGAUAAUGGGACCUAUGUGGACGAUGGAUGUGUGACUGCUCGCUCGCAGCUUUAUAGUACUGAUAACACCACUGUUAACGCCACCACAGUCCUAUUUCCCGAAAUUAGUGUGAAUAUUAAGCAAGAGCUGGCACUUGCUAAACAGGUAGUCGAAUCUACCCGAGACGUCCAGGAUUAUGAAGAAGAAUGCUCCGAUCCCACCAUGGUUGCCGAAUACGGGGAUGAGAUUUUUGAUUACAUGAGGAAGCUCGAGAUUAAACUGAUGCCCAAUCCCCAUUAUAUGGACACUCAAGCUGAAAUUCAGUGGUCUAUGCGCUCAGUUCUCAUGGAUUGGAUUGUACAAGUCCACCUUCGUUUUAACCUGCUUCCCGAAACUCUUUUUCUUUGUGUCAAUUACAUUGAUCGGUUUCUUUCUUGCAAAAUUGUCUCGCUAGGCAAGCUUCAGCUUGUCGGUGCAACUGCGAUUUUCAUCGCAGCAAAAUACGAAGAGAUUAAUUGCCCAUCCGUUCAAGAGAUCGUUUACAUGGUUGAUAAUGGUUACACCGCCGAAGAAAUCUUAAAGGCGGAACGAUUCAUGCUUAGCUUGCUUCAGUUUGAGCUUGGAUGGCCAGGCCCAAUGAACUUUCUACGUCGAAUUAGCAAAGCCGAUGAUUACGACCUCGAAACCCGAACCUUGGCCAAGUACUUCCUCGAAAUCACCAUCAUGGAUGAAAGAUUUGUUGGCAGUCCUCCGAGUUUUGUUGCGGCAGCUGCACACUGCCUUGCACGAAUGAUGCUGAGAAAAGGGGAUUGGGGUGCGGCCCAUGUUCACUACUCGAAAUACACGUAUUCCCAGCUGUAUCCUGUCAUGAAAUUGAUGUUUGAGUGCUGUGACGCGCCACAGAGACACCACCCUGCCAUCUACGAAAAAUAUUCUGAUCGCCGGUUUAAACGAGCAGCCUCUUUUGCUGAACAUGAGUCUUUGAGCGGCUUCCAAGUCCCUCAGCCCCCUCAGUUUCCUUCAAACCGCCUCGUUUCCGUGCAUAAUCACGUCCAAGCACCUCGGCGCUUCUAGGUCUUACCUGCUAUCUUCUCCUUAUUUCACCACACCUCACAUGGAAUGAAUGCAAUAAAACCGUGAGGUUAUUAUGAACUAUGGUGAUUUCUCUCGCGACAACUUUUCUUAUGUUUUGGACGUUUUAAAACCAUGCCAUUCUAUUAUGAGACGAUGAAGUUGACGAGCCAUGAUAUUCAACCUCCGACCUGGCUGCGGCGACUGGACUUUCGCUCCCACCCAUUCCACAUUCAUUCACAUCUCCUAUUGUACUGGAUCUUUCUUCAUUAAGGUGCCUUUGCACGAUAUCUUAUAACUCUGGCCUUGUUCGUAUGAAUCCGAUGUUCUACUAGCGACCGGCCAGAACACAGGGUUAUCUUUGCUAGUUGAGGUGCAUAAACCAGUGAAAGGCGCCUUCAAACAACAUGGCCGUCCGUCGAAUCCUCUCUUUUCUUUCGGCUUUCCCUUCCUAACUGACUCCUGAAACAAUCAAUUUUUCAACUUUUGACUCGACUCAAGUUACGAUUCGACAUGGUACUGUGGACACAACACGGAUUAGAGUCGUGGCUCGAUUAUUUUUUUUUUUUUUUUCUGGACUCCCCUAGUGUGGAUUUCCUAUGUCUAUUUUUGCGGUGCAAUUGGAUCUCAUAUGUUCCAUCGGAUUGGCGAUGGAGUUCAUAUUAUGUGGCGUAUUCGGUGAGAGCAAAGAAUUCAAGGUAGGGUGGGAAAAUGGGAGUCUUCUCUGGGCAUGGGUUGGGGUUGGGAGACUGAAUUCAGUUUCUAAUAUGGGUUAUCAGAUUGGUCUUUGUGAGGUAUUCUCUUUUUGCUUUUAUUUAGAACCUUAGUUUUUCCUUAUGGUUAAUUGAAUUGUAUGAGUC